GAUUUUAUGCGUUACGAGAGAUAAUCUGAUUGAUGUACGUUUUGAAAGUGAUUCGGAUUGGUUAUUGAUCGAAUUACGAACAAAUCCAUGGUCGGAACAAUCAUAUCGUGGUCCACGAAUCAAAUAUCGUCAAAUUGAUACACCUUAUCAAAGAUCCUUACGAGCUUUCACAACGGACGUAAUACCAUCAAAUGUUGCGAAUAAUAUAUCGAUGUCAAUUGUCCUCCUACUUUUGACGAUGAUCAGAUGA